AUGACCAAAGGGGGAAUGGAGUCAGUCGAAGUGUUCACAUCUGAAGGCAAAGGCAGGGGCUUGAAAGCCCAGAAGGAAUUCUUGCCUGGGGAUGUCAUCUUUGCGGAGCCAGCCUAUGCAGCCGUUGUUUUUGAUAGCCUGACUCACGUCAUCUGUCACACGUGCUUCAAACGGCAGGAGAGGCUCCACCGCUGUGGCCAGUGCAAGUUUGCCUACUACUGCGACCGGACCUGCCAGAGAGCAGCUUGGCUGAACCACAAAAAUGAGUGCUCUGCCAUCAAGAAACAUGGCAAGGCACCUACCGAAAACAUCAGGCUGGCUGCCCGCAUCAUGUGGAAGAUAGAGAGGGAAGGCAGCGGGCUGGCAGAGGGCUGCCUGGUCUCCAUCGAUGACCUGCAGAACCACGUGGACAGCUUUAGUGAGGAGGAGAAGAAGGAGCUUCAUGCCGAUGUGGAGAGCUUCCUCGAAUUUUGGCCACCCCAGAGCCAGCAGUUCGGCAUGCAGUACAUCUCCCACAUAUUCGGAGUGAUCAACUGCAACGGCUUUACCCUCAGUGACCAACGAGGACUACAGGCUGUUGGUGUGGGAAUCUUCCCCAAUCUCUGCCAGGCCAACCAUGACUGCUGGCCCAACUGCACCGUCAUCUUCAACAACGGCAAUCAUGAGGCUGUAAGAUCAAUGUUCCACACACAGAUGAGGAUCGAGCUGCGGGCACUGAGCAAGAUUUCUCCAGGGGAUGAGCUGACUGUUUCCUAUGUGGAUUUCCUCAACGUGAGCGAGGAGCGGCGGAAGCAGCUGAAGAAGCAAUAUUACUUCGACUGCACUUGUGAGCACUGCAAGAAACAGAUCAAGGAUGACCUGAUGCUGGCGGUGAAGGCAGGGGAAAGCAAGCCUUCUGCAGACACAGUGAAGGAGGUCAUCCAGUUCUCCAAAGACACUCUGGAGAAGAUCAACAAGGCCCGCAUGGAGGGACUUUACCAUGAAGUUGUGAAGUUGUGCCGCGAGUGCCUGAAGAAACAGGAGCCUGUUCUGGGGGACACAAACAUCUACCUCCUGAGAAUCCUCAGCAUUGCCUCCGAGGUGCUCUCCUACCUCCAGAUGUUUGAGGAAGCAGCUGACUAUGCUAAGAGGAUGGUGGAUGGCUACCUGAAAAUAUAUCAUCCCAACAAUGCACAGCUGGGGAUGGCCGUGAUGCGGGCAGGAGUGACUCACUGGCAUGCUGGUCUCAUUGAAGCCGGACAUGGCUUGAUCUGUAAAGCUUAUGCCAUUCUCCUGAUAACCCAUGGACCUUCCCACCCAAUUACCAAAGACCUGGAGGUCAUGCGUGUCCAGACAGAGAUGGAGCUGCGCAUGUUCCAGCAGAAUGAAUUCAUGUAUUACAAAAUGAGGGAAGCUGCCCUCAAAAACCAAAAGAUCCAGGUCAUGCCUGAACCCAGCAAUGAAACCUCACCAGGCCUCUUCCACAAGAAGGAAUAA